AGAAGGUCCGAUGUCUUAGCCUUUUAACUAAAUACACUCUUAUGUAAGCAAGCCUUGUCACUCAGGUAGCCGCUUUUCCCGAAGAACGACCGAGAAAUCAUUUUACGCAGCCCAUAUUAUUAUGCAGGCGUCCUCUUCCUGCCACCCCUCCCAUUUAAUCGUUUGAACAUUUGAACUUUCAUUUCCCAACUUCGAUUCAUCGACAUCGUCCAUUCAAUCCCGCUAUCGGGCUGUAAGUUAUUCCAUUGCCUGACUAGGUUUAUCUAUUCUCUUUUUACUUUACCGAUCAAGACGAUUACUUGGUCAGCCAUAGUUUAUACGCAAAGAAGUCACAUCUUCAAUUUUCAAUUCGAUCUGACUGAUCGGAAGGCUUCAAGAUGGCUACUCUUGAUGUCGAAGCCUUGCUUGACGCCACUGCCACCAGUAAGAAUGACGUCAAGGAAACUCGAUCAAAAGAUUCAGACGACCGUAUAAAACCCGACCGAAGUGAACGUAGAGAACGCGACCGCAGCCCCGGCCGAAGACGCGAUCGUAGUGUUGAUCGAGCACGACGUGAUCGCGGUGAAGAGAGAGAAGCUACACCACGAAGCGAUGCAGGUAGUCACAAGAGUAGGCGAAGAAGUCGGAGCCGUGAUGAUGAUCGUCGACACUCACGUCGUCACAGAGGAGGUGAUGGAGAUUUCUAUCGCAGCGGUGGCCGUGGCCGAGACCGUUCUCGCUCGCGUUCUCCCCGUCGCCAUUAUCGUCCAAGAGACGAUCAUCGCGAUCGCGAACGUGAUGAUCGCAGCUUUUACAGAUCCAGAGAUGAGGAGAGACACCGCGGAGGACGUACGCCGAAGCGCGACGCCACGCCCCAGCUGACCGAAGACGAGCGAGAUCGCCGUACCGUAUUCGUCCAACAGCUAGCCGCUCGCCUUCGCACGAAAGAGCUUAAAGAGUUUUUCGAGAAGGUUGGCCCUGUUACCGAGGCCCAGAUAGUGAAGGAUCGGAUCAGUGGAAGAUCUAAAGGUGUCGGUUACGUUGAAUUUAAGAACGAAGAUUCCGUCACUGCUGCUCUUCAACUCACAGGUCAAAAGCUCCUAGGUAUCCCAGUCAUUGUACAACUUACCGAAGCUGAGAAGAAUCGCCAAGUUCGCACUACCGAGGGCUCCAGCUCUCACGCCAAUUCGAUUCCCUUCCACCGCCUCUACGUUGGAAAUAUCCACUUCAGCAUCACAGAGCAAGAUUUGCAAAACGUAUUCGAACCCUUCGGCGAGCUCGAGUUCGUCCAACUCCAGAAAGAUGAUACUGGUCGCAGCCGCGGUUAUGGAUUUGUUCAGUUUCGUGAGGCUGACCAAGCUCGUGAAGCGCUCGAGAAGAUGAAUGGGUUUGACCUUGCUGGUCGUCCGAUCCGCGUUGGACUUGGUAACGAUAAGUUUACCCCUGAGUCAACUGCAAAUAUCCUACAGAGGUUCCAGGGCCAAAACCAACCAUAUCAGGGAUCCGCAUUCUCCGGUGCUGGUGGACGAGGUCCCCAAGCCUCUGGGUUUGACCGAGCAGGAGGUCGUGACAACGACAAGGCAACCGGCGCUAGCGCCUUAGACGAUACUGAUGUUGCUGGUGUCAAUUUUAACAACUACAGUCGUGAUGCAUUGAUGAGAAAGCUUGCUCGAACAGACGAUGCUUCUAACGGAACUCGUGAUGAGAGACAGAUUCUCAAGCCCAAGACAGAAACCAAGCCGUUGCCUGUUAACGUUAACAUGGCCAGUCGAUGCGUCGUUCUACACAACAUGUUCGAUCCUACUGAAGAAGAAGGUGAAGUUUGGAUUAAGGAGUUGGAGGAUGACGUUCGACAGGAAGCGGAGGAGAAAUAUGGACAUGUGGUCCAUAUUUCCCUCGACCCGAACUCUCAGGGAGAUAUAUAUCUCAAGUUCGACAAGGUUCAAGGAGGCGAGAACGCCAUCAAGGGCUUGAAUGGCCGUUAUUUCGGUGGACGAAUGAUCAGUGCUGCGCCUGUUGUGGACGCCGUCUACAGCAGUUUGUUCUCUCGUACCAAGGCUAUUUGAGAUGCUAAUAAUUGGCCUGGCCACUCCCGUUCUAGGAACUCUCGCCCCAUCAUCACAACCGCACCAUAUUCUCUAUGAGGACAUCAAGCCAGAUGCAGGCUUUCACCCAUUCGCCUGUCAACUUGGUAAACAGUACACUCGACAGAUCUCUUCGGCGAGGUCACGCGACAAUUCCCCAAAUCAUUA